GGGAAAAAUGGUGAUGGAAUCGGCGGACGACUCAGUUCACGAAAGAACCGGAAAACGGCCGAGGCUCUUCAUCAAAGAAAUGGUGAUGCGGAACUUCAAAUCGUACGCCGGUGAACAGCGUGUCGGUCCUUUCCACAAGAGCUUUUCUGCAGUGGUUGGGCCGAACGGGAGUGGGAAGAGUAAUGUGAUAGAUGCAAUGCUUUUUGUAUUUGGGAAACGAGCCAAGCAGAUGCGGCUUAACAAAGUUUCAGAGCUUAUUCAUAAUUCUACAAAUCAUCAGAAUCUAGAUAGUGCCGGUGUUUCUGUUCAUUUUCAGGAGAUUGUUGAUUUGGAUGAUGGAACAUAUGAAGCUGUCCCAGGAAGUGAUUUUGUAAUUACCCGGGUCGCUUUCCGUGAUAACUCCUCUAAGUAUUACAUUAAUGAUCGCCAAAGCAAUUUUACUGAAGUGACUAAGAAACUGAAAGGGAAAGGGGUUGACCUGGACAACAACCGUUUCCUGAUUCUUCAGGGUGAAGUGGAGCAGAUUUCACUGAUGAAGCCAAAAGCUCAAGGGCCACAUGAUGAGGGCUUUCUUGAAUAUCUUGAAGACAUUAUUGGAACUAACAAAUACGUUGAGAAAAUUGAUGAAUCUUACAAGGAACUUGAAUCUCUCAAUGAGAAGCGAUCUGGUGUUGUUCAAAUGGUUAAGUUAGCCGAGAAAGAAAGAGAUAGCUUGGAGAAUGUGAAAAAUGAAGCAGAAGCCUACAUGCUGAAAGAGUUGUCGCUCUUAAAAUGGCAAGAGAAAGCUACACAAUUGGCCUCUGAAGAUACUAGUCAGAAAAUGGUAGACCUGCAGGAAAAAGUGUCCAAUCUAGAAGAAAAUCUUAAGAAUGAAAGGGAGAAAAUCCAAGAUAACAAUAAAACACUCAAGGAGCUAGAAUCUGUGCACAAUAAAUAUAUGAAGAGACAAGAGGAACUUGAUAAUGAUCUUAGAGUUUGUAAGGAAGAGUUCAAAGAGUUCGAAAGGCAGGAUGUUAAAUACCGGGAAGAUUUGAAACACAUGAAGCAAAAGAUCAAGAAACUUGAAGAUAAACUUGAAAAGGAUUCCUCAAAGAUUGAUGACCUAAAAAAGGACUGUGAGAACUCGACAAACCUGAUCCCAAAACUUGAAGAUAGCAUUCCAAAUCUGCAAAAGCUUUUAGUGGAAGAAGAGAAGAUACUGGAGGAGAUUAAGGACAAUGCCAAAGUUGAAGCUGAGAAGUAUCGCUCUGAGCUCACAACAGUUCGUGCAAAAUUAGAACCUUGGGAAAAUGAGUUGAUUGUGCACAAGGGAAAACUUGAAGUUGCAUGUACUGAAAACAAACUACUAAGUGAUAAGCAUGAAGCUGGCCGUGUAGCUUUUGAAGAUGCUCAAAAGCAAAUGGAUGACAUAUUGGAAAGGAUCAACACUAAGAAUGCAACUAUUGCAAAUAUGCAAAGUGAUUUAGAAAAGAACAAGCUUGAAGCAUUGGAGGCCCGCAAAGUGGAACAAGAUUGCAUUAAAGAACAAGAAGCAAUUAUUCCUCUUGAACAAGCAGCAAGACAGAAACUUGCUGAACUGAAGUCUGUAAUGGAUUCUGAGAAGAGUCAGGGGUCAGUUCUAAAAGCAAUUCUGCAGGCUAAGGAGUCCAACCAAAUCCAGGGAAUACAUGGCCGAAUGGGUGAUUUAGGUGCAAUUGAUGCAAAAUAUGAUAUUGCUAUAUCAACAGCAUGCCCUGGACUCGAUUACAUUGUGGUAGAAACAACCGAUGCAGCGCAAGCAUGUGUUGAGCUGCUCCGGCGGGAGAAACUUGGUGUUGCAACAUUCAUGAUAUUGGAGAAACAAGUCGAUCUUUUGCCGAAGUUAAAGGAGCAAGUAACCACUCCAGAGGGAGUUCCACGUCUCUUUGACUUAAUUAAAGUUCGGGAUGAGAGAAUGAAACUUGCUUUCUAUGCGGCUCUUGGAAACACUAUUGUAGUGAAGGAUCUUGAUCAGGCCACCCGCAUUGCUUAUGGCGGGAACAAAGAAUUUCGACGAGUAGUAACACUCGAUGGAGCCCUUUUUGAAAAAUCUGGUACUAUGAGUGGUGGGGGAAGUAAGCCACGUGGAGGCAAGAUGGGGACGUCCAUUCGGCCCACCAGCGUGUCUACUGAAGCUAUUAGAAGUGCUGAAACGGAGCUGUCCACUAUGGUUGAUAAAUUAAAUAGUAUUCGCCAUAGAAUUUCUGAAGCCAUGAGGCAUUACCAGGCAUCAGAAAAAGAAGUUGCACUCUUGGAGAUGGAGUUCGCCAAAAGCCAGAAAGAGAUUGAUAGUUUAAAAACGCAACACGGUUAUCUUGAAAAACAACUUGGAUCCUUGGAGGCUGCAUCAAAGCCGAGGAAGGAUGAGACUGACAGACUUAAGGAACUCAAAAACAUUAUUUCUGCAGAAGAAAAAGAGAUUGAUAAACUUAUACAGGGUUCUAAAAAGCUGAAGGAGAAGGCUUUGGAGCUUCAAAGCAAAAUAGAAAACGCUGGUGGUGAAAAGCUGAAAGCACAAAAGGCAAAGGUCGAUAAGAUUCAGUCGGAUAUUGACAAAAAUAGCACUGAGAUCAACCGUCACAAAGUUCUUAUAGAGACGGGACAAAAGAUGAUAAAGAAGCUGACGAAGGGGAUUGAAGAUGCUGGGAAGGAGAAAGAACGGCUUAUCAAAGAGAAGGAGAAAAUGCGAGAAAUUUUUAAAGAAAUAGAGCAGAAGGCCUUUACUGUUCAAGAGAAUUACAAAAAUACACAGAAGUUGAUUGACCAACAUAAAGAUGUGUUGGAUAACGCAAAGAGCGAUUAUGAAAAAGUGAAGAAAAUUGUUGAUGAGUUGCGUGCAUCAGAGGUUGAUGCUGAUUAUAAAUUACAAGACAUGAAAAAAUCAUACAAAGAGUUGGAAAUGAAGGGCAAGGGUUAUAAUAAGCGACUUAAUGACUUGCAGAUGGCUCUUGUGAAGCAUUUGGAACAAAUUCAGAAAGAUCUAGUGGACCCUGAAAAGCUCCAAGCAACCCUGACAGAUGGGACUCUAACUGAGGCCUGUGACCUAAAAAGAGCCCUUGAAAUGGUAGCACUGUUGGAAGCACAACUGAAAGAGCUGAAUCCAAAUCUUGAUUCAAUCUCAGAGUAUCGGAGAAAGGUCUCGUUGUAUGAUGAACGUGUGGAGGAUCUUACCACAGUCACUCAACAACGUGAUGAUAUAAAGAAACUGUAUGAUGAAUGGAGAAAAAGAAGGUUGGAAGAGUUCAUGGCUGGAUUUAGUGCAAUAUCUUUAAAGUUGAAGGAAAUGUAUCAGAUGAUCACUCUGGGAGGUGAUGCAGAACUUGAACUAGUAGACUCUCUGGAUCCUUUCUCAGAGGGUGUUGUUUUCAGUGUGAGACCACCUAAAAAGAGCUGGAAGAAUAUUGCAAAUUUAUCGGGUGGCGAAAAGACUCUCAGCUCAUUAGCUCUUGUUUUUGCACUUCAUCACUACAAGCCUACACCGCUUUAUGUAAUGGAUGAAAUUGAUGCAGCUCUAGACUUCAAGAAUGUUUCAAUUGUUGGGCAUUAUGUGAAGGACAGAACAAAGGAUGCUCAGUUCAUAAUUAUAAGCCUGAGGAACAACAUGUUUGAGUUGGCAGAUCGAUUGGUGGGAAUCUAUAAAACUGAUAAUUGCACCAAGAGCAUUACCAUCAACCCCAAAAGUUUCACGGUGUGUGAAAAGUCAGCUGCUUGAUGCAUUUUGAAAAUUUCUUCUGAUAUGAAAUUGAGGAAUGGCAACUUGCCAUCACCUUUGUAUAAGCUUAACUUCCAACUAUUUGGAAGCUUACGAUUAUCACUCACAUAAAGACAUGUAGCUGUUAUGUAUAUGAUCAACAUUUGAUUUUAUUUAUCUAAAUCAUGUAAUUAUUGCCUAGAGGGUAAAGAUAAGUGUAAGUACACAUUGCCGAUGUUGAAGAAACUUAAUAUUGCCUUU